AUGGCCCAUGACAAUGUGGCAGGGCAGUCAUCAACCCGUGGUGCCCCUGUAGUGGCGUCUUUGCAAUCAGAGAGCCAUACUCUAGAUGACACGGGCACCGCGGCAAAUGUUCCUGGUCCAACCAGGACUGAGCUUGGAGCUGGUGCUAUUGACGGUGUUGUGCAAGGAGAAGAAGGAGAAGAUGAGGCUGGUUCUCAGCCGAUGGAACCCUAUGUUGGCAUGAGGUUUGACAGCCUUCAAAUUGCUAAGGAUCACUACAACAGCUACGCCCUACAGAUGGGUUUCUCUGUAAAAAUGAACACCUGUAGGCGGACACCCCACACAAAUGUAUUGGUAAAACGACAGUUUUGCUGCAACAAGUUCAAGAAGCCCAAAGCUGAUGAUGGAGGAGCUGAGGCUCCUCCUGUCAUGGACCCUAUACCAGAUCCAAAACCUAUUGACAGUGAUGAGGAGAUGGAAGAUGAACCUCCAAUAUUUGCUGAAGAGGAGGCUGGUACUAGUAAGAAAAAGAAGAAGCGUAAACGCGAGACAAUAAAGCAGACUCGAUGCAAGGCGAAAAUGUUGGUGAAGCUGAUAGAUUGGCGAUGGCAGGUGACGCACUUUGUUCGUGACCACAAUCAUCCGCUGGUGAACAAACCUUUGUUGUCCAAAUACUUGAGAUCCCAACAAGGCAUCUCUCCUGAUGAAAAGGAGUUUUUGCGCAUCUUGUAUAACUGCAACUUGACUACAGGACGUAUGAUGCAUGUAGUGGCAGAGUUCUAUGGAUCUGAGAUGAUAGUGCCCUUCGGACCAAAGUCAAUAACAAAUCUGUGUACAAGUUUCCGUAGAGAUGACACAAAGGAGGGUGACAUGAUUGAGACAAUUGCGCACUUCAAGGAUAUGCAAAAAACAGAUCCAGACUUCUACUAUAAGGUGAAAUAUGAUGAAGAAGACAGAGUUGUCAACAUAUUUUGGGUGGAUGGCUCAGCUCGAAAAACUUAUGCGGAGGCGUACCACGAUUGCAUAUCGUUUGACACCACCUACAUGACCAACAUGUACAAUAUGCCGUUCGCGCCCUUCAUCGGAAUAAACUGA